GAUUGAGAAUGUCAUUGGUAUGGUCAGGGUGGAAAUCUUGCUGCUGAAGAACAGCUUGAGUUUAAAAAAACUUUACACAUGGAAAGGUUCUUAUGUUUAGCAGCUCCAGACAAGCAUGCAGUUCUAUGAAUUUUACCUGAAUAAGCAGGCUGGGAGUGAAGGUGUAUUGAGUUAAGGAUCUUGCUGGGGUUCUGCUGUGGAUGUUCUGUAAUUCUUUGCUCAUUUGUUUUCACAGGACAGUUCCCUCAUACAUUUUUCCCAGCUCCACUCACUGAUCAGGACUGAACACGUGCAUUAUCUGAUCUGUGGUUUCAGGAAAUCCAGGAGCUGGCAGGAGGGGAAUGAACCGAGAGGGCGUCCCCGGGAAGAGUCCGGAGGAGAUGUACAUUCAGCAGAAAGUGAGGGUCCUGCUCAUGCUCAGGAAGAUGGGAUCAAAUCUGACGGCCAGCGAGGAGGAAUUCCUGCGCACGUACGCGGGGGUGGUGAACAGCCAGCUGAGCCAGCUGCCCCAGCACUCCAUCGACCAGGGUGCUGAGGAUGUUGUGAUGGCAUUUUCCAGAUCAGAGACAGAAGACAGAAGACAGUAACUGCAGGACACCUGAACAAGACAGAACUGGAGAGGACAGUGAGAUUCCUGAAGAUAGAGGAGGAUGGCUGAGCAUUAAUAAGUUCCUCUGCCCACCCUGAUUGUUCCUUGGUGUUCCUUCUCCUUUGUAAUGUUGUUUCCCUUUGCCCAACCCUCAGAAUGCAUCUCACAGCCAUCUCUUCCUGUCACAUUUUGCAACUCGGCCGGGCUGUGUUCAUUGAGGACAAACCUAAGGCUGUGGUUUUGGUUGGUUCAAAGGGACAGGCUGUGGUUGGAUAAAGGAAGGCAAUUUUUCAAACUUGACCAAUGGAAAUCUUUUAUCUCACAUUUUAUUUUAUAUUUUAAACAAAGUCUCUUGACAUCUUACUUCUAAAGAAGCUUUUCAUGCUGUGGUGCUUAUUUAGGUCAAACUUGUGAAUUUGAAGAGGGUUUGAUUUGGCUGCAUAGAACUGGAAGCAACUUGUGAUUGGGUGACAAUGCAAAAGCUUUCCCUUCAGUUGGCUUGCAGGUAUUUUGCUGACUCCAACAUUUUCAUUGCAGGAAGCUGAUAUUUUGGUGCAUUGUUUAUUUCUUUAUACUUAUUGACUUGGGGGGAAAAGACAGAUGUGCUUUGCAAUAUUUAUUACAUCUGCACACAUAUAAACGCUUGCUUUUGGGGGGUUGUUUUGGUUUUCUGAUUGGCUUUGAAGUCAUGGUUUGAUUUCCUUUUGGCUGCAGUGUUUCUGAUGCAAUCAGUUUUUCCAUACUCAGCUGCUCUCUGGCCUCGAGCUCUUUUGGGAGCAUGUGUCAAAGCAGAUUUGGUUCAUGCACCUGGCCAGGCUGGGGGUGCCCAGCCCUGGUGGGCACGGGGGCUGUGCCCCAGCCUGGCACCCCUGGCUGCCACAGAGGAGCUGGAGAUGUUCUGCAGGAAUUGCAAGAGUGAGAGCUAAGGUUGUGACGUGAAUUUGCCAAAUUUGUAUAGAGAAUAUGUGAACUUCUUUAAAAUACUAGAGUCCCACUUUAACCCUUUGAUUGCUGCACAGGACUAGCUCUCACAUUAGGAACAAUUAACGAUCAUUAACUUAAAUCCAGCUUGAACUGGGCUGUAAUAAACUGAAGUUUCUAGUCACUUGAACAGUUGUACAUGGUUUCCCUCCUUGCAGCUGUGGUGAUAGGGACAUUCUCUGAUCCUGGGAUCACAGCUUGUUCUUGGGCACUGUUGAGGAGGCAGCAGUGCUGCUCUGGGCUGCCCAGCACUGAGUGUACAGGUGACACUCUCAGUUUGCUCUCUGUAGCUGCAGGGCCUUAAAACACACACACAGACCUUCCCAGACUGAGGGCCCUGCAGUGGAAUCCUGAGGUGCACUGACUGUUCAGGAGUCUGCACAGAGUCUCCAGCACUGCUGCCUAAAACCAAGCACUUCAUUUUCUCUCAUGUGUGCAGGUGGUUUUUACAAAACUUCUGGAUUUUGCUGUGGGUUGCACUGACUUCGAGAUGUUUCAGAAUCUAUUAAAGCUGAACUCAAUUUACCUGUUCCUGGUUCUUUUCCUAUGGUUGUUAAUUAUUUACAGUAACAAUUCUAGAAUCUAACUGUGAGAACAUGACCAUUUUCAUGGCCAGAAAUUCUGCUGACAGGAUGCUGUUGUGGUCUCAAAAUGGGGGAAGAGCUGGAGAGAAACCAUGGACUGUCUGCAAAAGGAAGAAUGGACCUGUGAGCACAAGGAAGAAAUUAUCUUGAGCAAAUAAAUACUGUGUAAUGAGA